AUGGUCCUAGGACCGGGACCGGGCCCGGUCCCGGUCCCGGGUAAUGACCGCAGCAGCGGCGUUCGCGAAAAGGGACAUCAAUCUGUCGCCGCUGGCAGCAAAAGAAAGAACGCCUCUAAUCACAAGGGCCUGGCGUUUGUGUGUGCGUUGACAGAGAUAUUUCGCAGUAUUGAAGGGAGAGACUGCGCCGUCAAGAUCCGCCACCCAGAUCCGCCACCGAAGGCACCAGCUCGGACGCUCUGGAGCUUGAAUCGCGAUGUGACAGGCCACAUGCAGGAUCUAUCCCGGCUCAUCACAGUAGAGCAAGCGACCGUCAGCAGCAUGUUGGGGGCUCAGUUGAACGCCAUGGUCAAGCUGACCACUAGCCGUGCUCAGGGAGGGCCUCUUGUGAGCACCUCGCCAAGUGGCGACGAGGACAGUGGCUCGGAAAGAGACGGUGUCAAGAGUGGAGUGACGCUUACCGAAACUGUCCGGCAACAAACACGUCUUGAUAGUGUCAACUCGACGUCCGCUCAGAACGUUGAAAGGGAGAAUGCCCUUGACAGAUUGGGUUCAAGCGGUUGGGCUGGGCAGUUACUGCGGGACUGCGGGACUGCGGGACUGCGGGACUGCGGGAGGGCAAGCCAGGGCUAG